AUGCCUUUGGCCGUGUUACCAGCCCUGGUGGGCGACAUAGAAGAUGUUUACAACGUGCAUUUCGACGCAUUCCGUGACGAGCCUAUCAUGCGGUUCCUUUACCCGCGCGGUGUGGACCGCGAGGCGCACCGCAAGGGUACGGUAGCGUGGUGGAACCAAGAUCGGACGGGCCACCAUGUCAAGUGCGUCGACACGGACACGGGCAGGAUCGUCGGCAUGGCCAGUUGGGACGUUUUUUGGAAGCCGGGCGACGGGUUCGAGCGGCCAGCGGGCAUCCCAUGGUUGGAGGGCGAGGAAAAGGCGCGGUGCGAGGCGGUGCUGGGGGCCACGUGGGAUCUGCGGGUGAGGUUUUUUGGGAAGCGGCGGCAUGUUUACCUUGCUGCCGUGGCUGUGGAUCCCCAGCACCAGCGGCGCGGCAUCGGGUCCCUUUUGGUGCAGUGGGGCGUCAACCUCGCGGAGCAGCUGCAGGUGCCCGUGUAUACGGAGGCUUCCCAGUCUGGAUUCGGGCUGUACGAGCGCAUGGGCUUCGAGCGGCUGACGCAUGUGAAGCUAAUCCACCGGGCCGAAGUGACGGGCGAGCCGGCCGACGCCGAGGUGCCGCUGGUGGCGCGUAUGCCCGGCGCGGCCAAGGGCAUGUCGUUCAAAGAGUGGGAGGAUAGGGGGUUCCCGGAAGACUAUCAGUAA